AUGCAGCCACCACCCAGGAAGGUUAAGGAGAGCCAGCAGGUGAAGCUGGUGUUCUCAGAGCAGCUCAACAAAUUGCAGAGCAAACACCAUCAGGACACUGAGCUGCUGGAGGAGAUCAGGACCUUCAGUAAGCAACGAGCAGCUAUAGAGAAAGAGUACGGUCAGGCUCUUCAGAGGUUAGCUGUCCAGUACCAGAAAAGAGACUGGCAAAGAGGGAAUGCAGAUGCCAUCACUUCUGGUAGUGUGUUUGGUGUGUGGCGGUCAGUGGUAGAUGCUACAGCUCAGUCUGCUGCAUCACGACUAGCUGCUGCAGAGGAAUACCGCAGACUGAUUGGACAAGCCUCCAGAAGUCUUCGCAAUGCAAAGGACGUCCGAGCUAAGAGAGACCUGGAGCGGCUGCAGAAGAUACAGGGGGAAGUGGUAGAUGCUCUGCGAGAGCUGCACAAGAUCAAGAAGAGCUACCACCAACUCAGUCACAUCGCUGAUGUUGCCAGAGAGAAAUCUGCUGAUGCACAGACCAGAGCCAUGAAGAGUGAACAUGGGAUUUUCCACGCUAAAGCAGGACUUCAGAAGAUGACCGCUAAGCUCAGUGCCAGGUUGAGGGAGUGUGACGAUCAUUUGACUGAAGCUCGUAAUGAGUAUCUGCUGGCACUAUCAGCAGUCAACGGCCAUCACCGACACUACUAUACUAACGAUUUAUCACAUCUUAUGGAGCAAAUGGACGGUGAUGUUUAUGAUGAUUUGAGAAGCCAUUUUACCCUGCUGUGUGGAGCAGAGAUGGAUACUUGUCUGAGUACACACAAACGGUACACCACGAUAUGGGACAGUGUCGCUAAGCUGUCCAGAGAGAGAAAUGUUCUGCAGUUUCUUCAAGAAUCUGUCUCCUUCAGCAAAACCCCUGAAUUCACCUUCCAGCCCGCUCCAUAUGACAAGGUGACUGCUCUACAAGAGGUUCGUACUUCACAAGAAGAUGGCUGUCUGGUAAAGGAGGCCAAGAAAUGGGUUACGAAAGCAGCUAAAGACUACAAGAUUGUCACCCAUGGAGAGAGGGCUCUACAGACGUUAGAGAGCCGAUUGAAGCUCUUAUCAGGGGAGACGGGCCUCAGUGUGGAGCAGAAGAUAAAAGAAGUGCAGGACAGUGUCAGAAAAGCUAAGCUCAGCAGGGUGAAGGCAGAAGCCCGUCUGGCUCUGAUGUCAGACAGUGUCACAGGAAUUGAGCUGUCGCUUCACAACGCCAUGAACCAGGCAGAGGAGGAGCUGGAGAGAGAGAGACGCCUCAGUGAACAGAGGAAGUCUGCUGAGGAUUUUUCAGAUGAGUUUGAGCUGACUGACUUCAAGGACUACGAUGAUGAGAACGGAGACAUCUUUUCAGAUCCAAUGUCAGCCUCAGGAGUGUGUAUUUACCCUACAGCCUGCAGAGUCAUCUAUAGCUAUCAGGCCAGCCAGUUAGAUGAGUUGUCAAUCAUGGAAGGGGAGGAGCUUCAAGUGCUUGAGGAUGGAGACAUGGAGGACUGGCUGAAGGUCUGUAACUCGUGUGGUCAGAUGGGGUAUGUUCCUGAGCGGUAUGUGCAGUUCCUGUGUCUUCCAGCAGAGGAUGCCUCUCAGCUAGACAGUUCUUUCAACGCCUUCUCCUCCACAGGGACUAAAGAGAGGGCAGGGAGCAGAGGUGUAGCCAGAGCUCUGUACUCCUACCAGGCCCAGAGUGCAGAGGAGCUUUCCUUCCAGGAGGGGGCACUAAUUUACCUGAUUCACCGUCGACAUGCAGAGGUGGAUGAUGGUUUUUGGGAGGGAGAGCUGAAUGGACGGAUUGGUGUCUUCCCAUCGUUGGUGGUAGAGCUGGUCCACGAUGAAGGGGAGGAGAAGGAGAAGGAUGAAGAGCCUCUCCCUACCUCAACCAUGGCUCCCUUCUCUCCCUUCAUCCCAAGCCUUUCCAACCCUCGCUUUUGUUCAGCACUUAGUACUUCUCGGCCUAGCUGCGUGGAGGACAAACAGCAGGUCUUUGCAGACAACACAAUAGAGACUGCAGGCAGCAGCCACAGCUCUCCAGACUUCUCCAGCAGUCCACUAAGACCAUGUCGAGCGCCUCCUCUUCCUCCAACCCACAAGCCUUCCCCUCAGUCUUGAGACAAAAACUGGAGUCACUGUCAAUGUUCACAAGAAUACAGGACCUGUAAGGAACAAAGGAACACAGGUUCUGUGCCUUUUAUUUUAGCAUUGAACAAACAACUUGUAUUUGUUUUUUAGGAUUUGUUAGUAUUUCCCAGGUGAUGUGAGGAUGUGUCACUUCACCUACAUGUGAGCACAAACAAACUGUAGUUGCUUAUACAAAUACGCAGAGGUGGAUAAAGUAUUCACAUCUUUUACUUAAGUUAAAGUGUAGAAAUCUGUUACAGUAAAACUCCAAACUUUCAAAAUGUUACAGAAGUAAAAGUACCUCAGUGUUCGCAUCAAAAUAUGCAUUAAUGUGUUCAUCACUUUAAUGUUGCAGCUGCUAAAGGAGGAACUUGUUUCUUUGCUUUAUAUUCUGCUGGGUAAUUUCACCAAGGGAUUAAUAAAGUUUAUCUUAAUAAAGCAUGAUAAAUGAUUUGUUGGUUAUAUUUUGUAUUUAUAAUCUGAAUCUGAAUCUUCAAAGUAACUAAAACUGUCAGAUAAAUGUAGUGCAGUAAAAAGUAAAAUAUUAACCUCUGAAUUGCAAUAGUAGCAAUAGAAAUUGUACAAUAAAAACAAAAAAAAAGCACAAUACUUGAGUAAAUGUACUUAGUAUAAAUAGUCCACCACUGCGCAUACAUGCCCCAACAUUCCAAGUAAUGGAGAUAUAACAAUAACAUAGCUUUACAGGCUCUCAGCAUAUGACCCUUUAGAAGCAAUAUUUGCAAACCAGGUUAAAUAGUAGCCAGCACAGCUCAGAUCCUAACAGUUAACAGCAACAUGAAACAGUGCAGUUAUAACUUAAAAGAAUAUGUUAAACAAUAUUUGAUUUUCUUUGUAAAUGUUUCUUUAUAUUUUCAGGCUUUCAAUGAGUUUCUAAAACACUAUCUGAAUAGUGUGAAUAGUAUAGUAAUGCAAACAUGUGGAUUACACCAGUUUACACCAUAAUAGUCUCAUUUAUUUUACAGUUAAUUAAUAAUAUAUUAUAUAAAAUUUGGCAGGUUAACAGUAAAAGUGCUAAUCUAAAUAAACACAAUACUUUACAGUAACAUAACAAUAUGAGAAUAUAU